GCCAUGUGGGCAGGGCUGGGGCUAGUUCUGGCUCUCUGUGUCCUCCCGGGAGGAGGGACAGAGAGCCAGAACUGCAAGGAGCCCCCAGAAUGGCGUAUAGGGGAGGAGAAUCCAAUGCUGAACUCCAGGGGCUCAGUGACUGUGGUGGCUCUCCUCAAAGCUAAUUGAUAUUUGUGCCUGCUGCAGGCUUCCAGAUUAGAGGACCUGCGAGUGAAGUUAGAGAAUGAAGGACUGGUCAAUAUCUCGUAUGUGGUUGUCAACCAUCACGGAACUUACUCCCAGAGAAAUUUUCACCUACUGAAAGAGAGUGUUUCAGACUAUAUUACUGUGUACCAGCAAGAUGAACAGCAAGCUGAUGUCUGGACUACCUUAAAUGGAAACAAAGAUGACUUUCUCAUCUAUGACAGAUGCGGCCGUCUAGUGUAUCAUCUGGGUCUGCCCUAUUCCCUCCUGUCUUUCCAAUAUGUAGAAGAAGCUAUUAAGAUUGCAUAUUGUGAAAACAAGUGUGGAAACUGCUCUUAUAUGGAACCUGAUACUGAUGGUAUAUGUGAAAACAUCACUAAAAAAGCAGAUGAAAAGCUAGCAGAGAUAGAAACCAAACCAACUCAUCAACAUUCACAUCACCACAACAGACAUAGACACCACCACCACCAUCGUGAAGGCAGUCAUCAUGCCAAAAAUGAGAACGAUCAGGCUCCUUCUGAAACUCAAAGACAUCAUCCUCACAGCAGUCAGCAUCAUAGAAUUUUUGGCCAUAAUCAGACAGGUAGACAUGAACAGGUAGACACUGUUCCUCCAGAAGAAAGUGUGGAAAUUCCACAAAAUAGAAGGCUAUGAAAACAAGGGAGAAUCAGCUGUAAAAAACAGUUAACUUGAAAUUGGCAGACAGCAUCACGUUCAACUUCUAGGAGCUGAUGCUGUCAUUGUCGACACCUUUUGUUUGAAGAGCUAGGAAAUUCUGUCACUUGACAGUGUCGUGGAGCACCUCCAAAUUUUUGCAGGUGACAUGGCCAGCUGUCAGGAGAGAACAUCACUGAAUCUUGACAGUGACGUCUGCUCCCUGCCACCUGACUGUCACCAGCAGCAGGAGCAAGUGAAACUAGUGACACUUGACAGUGACAGGAAAAGACAACAAGCUGAGCCUGACAAACAAACUAA